AGUAGCCAUAUGGAUAUCACCGGAGGCCAAAUAUUCACCGGACUACGCCGGAGUGGCUCAGCAUGGAGGAGCAGCAGCGGGAAGGAUAUCUUCUCCCGCUCUUCUCGGGAUGAAGAUGACGAAGAAGCACUCAGGUGGGCAGCACUCGAGAAGCUGCCCACUUAUGAUAGAAUGAGGAGAGCAAUAUUAACCGCACCUACGGGUGAGCACAAGGAAAUCGACGUCGAGAAUCUCGGUUUUCAAGAGAGGAAGGAUCUGAUAGAGAGGCUAAUUAGAGUGGCAGAGCAGGAUAAUGAGAAGUUCCUAUUGAAGCUCAAGAACCGGUUAGACAGGUAA